GACAGCAGUGAGUGACAACGGUACUGUGAGCCCCACAGUGUCCCCUUGGCCCUACCCAGAGGGACAGAAAAGAAGGCCAAGAGCUUGUGUCUGAAGACAAGGCCAUGCUGUGUAUGAGGACACUUCUAUUUCUUCUCCUACUCCGCGCUCAGCCUGCCAAGGCCUCUCCCAUACCCUCUGAACACUCAGAAGAGGAAAAUACAAAAAUUGCUAAGAAUUACCUGGAAAAGUUCUACCACUUGCAAAUAAAGGAUUAUCGGUCUCCAAGUUGGAAUAGCACUCGUAUGUUUAUUGAAAAGCUGAAAGAAAUGCAGCAAUUUUUUGGGUUGAAUGUGACGGGGAAGCCAAGUGCAGAAACAAUCGAGAUGAUGAAAAGGCCUCGCUGCGGAGUGCCAGACACUGGCGAUUAUAUGAUGACCCCAGGAAACCCCAAGUGGAAACACACCAACCUGACCUACAGGAUUAGAAAUUACACCCCGCAGUUGUUUCAGGCUGAUGUGGAAACAGCUAUUAAAAGAGCGUUUAAGGUGUGGAGCGACCCGUCGCCCCUGACCUUCACCAGGGCCACAGAGGGAGAAGCGGACAUCAACAUCGCUUUCGUCCAAAGAGACCAUGGUGACAAUUCUCCAUUUGACGGGCCCAAUGGGAUCCUUGCUCAUGCUUUUCAGCCAGGCCAAGGCAUUGGUGGAGAUGCUCAUUUUGACGCAGAGGAAACAUGGAGCACAAGCUCAAAAGGUUACAACCUGUUUCUGGUUGCUGCUCAUGAAUUCGGCCAUUCUUUGGGGCUCUCUCACUCCACAGAUCCUGUUGCCUUGAUGUAUCCCAACUACGCCUUCAGGGAGCCCAGAACCUACUCGCUCCCUCAAGACGACAUCAAUGGUAUUCAGGCCAUCUAUGGACCUUCAAACAACCCUAUUCAGCCCACGGGACCAAGCACUCCUUCAGCCUGCGACCCCAGACUGACAUUUGAUGCUGCUACCACACUCCGUGGGGAAACAUUUUUCUUUAAAGACAAGUUCUUCUGGAGACGACAUCCUCAACUGCGAAACGUCGAACUCAAUUUUAUUUCUCUAUUCUGGCCAUCCUUGCCCGACGGUAUACAGGCUGCCUACGAGGAUUCAGAGAAAGACCUAGUUUUCAUAUUUAAAGGAAACCAAUACUGGGUUAUGAGUGGCUAUGACAUUCAGCAAGGUUACCCGAGGGAUAUAUCAAACUUUGGAUUUCCAAAAACUGUCCAAGCUCUUGAUGCAGCUGUUUCCUACAGAGGAAAGACAUACUUCUUUGUGAGCAAUCAGUUCUGGAGAUAUGACAAUCAGAGACAAUCCAUGGACCCAGGUUAUCCCAAAUGCACAUCAAUUGCCUUUCCAGGAAUAAGAAGUAGAGUUGAUGCAGUUUUCCAGGAGAAUAACUUCUUGCUUUUCUUCAGUGGACCAAGAUAUUAUGCAUUUGACCUUACCGCGCAGAGAGUUACUAGAAGUGCAAGAAGCAAUCUAUGGCUUAAUUGUAGAUAAAGCUGAGGCAACACCAAAAGCAACUGUACCCAUUUUCUGAAUAUGGAAGGAAAAUUCAACUUGCAAAUCCAUCACUUUAAAUCAUGUUUAUACUUCCCUUGAUUCUAAGUAAUUUUUUUAUUCUCUUCCUAGCACUAUAUUCCCCGGGUCCAUCCUCAGUGCAAAUACACUUGGAAUGUUAAGCCCUUGCCAGAGGCUGAUUCAGGUCCACACGUUCUACCUUAGGUUAGCAAAUCUAUCACAAAGAGAAGGAAAGUCAGCCCUCUUUGCGACCUCUCUAUUCUCUGUUUCCUUAUUUAUUUGACUUCCAAAAUUCAUUGUUUCAUUGCUUGCUUGUCUGACUUCAAAUAUUUCUAAGUCCCUUUAAAUAUAUCUUAUAUGCAUCUGCUACAUGCCAUUUAGCACUGGAUUUUGAUUAGCAGUAAGAAUUAUUAAAAAAAAUAAGCAAGUUUGGUUUUAUAAAACUUGUGCUAUUUUUCAUGCUUGGAAAGAAAUAAAGAUAAUAUAUGUUGCAGAUUGAA